AUGGAACGGCCUAAUUCACGACUACAUUGUCAUCCGGAGGUGUCGUACAAGUGUACUGUACAGCCAUAUUUCUCUCUUCAUACUCAUACUCCAACGGUGUACAGCAAUGUAACAAAGCAUCGGCCUAGUCUCGGAACACUUCAAGCAGCUGAUACUCUUCAUGCAAGGCGAUUUCUCAGUGAUAAGCGACGGAGUUACAGGAAUCGAAGUCUUGGACCCACAAUUGCAUCCGCUCCAUCAGUGGAACAAGAAGACUACCGAACACCUCGACCAUCUUUUGAUAGCAAUGGAUAUGCUGGAAAAAGUUUCGAUUUCAGCAGUGCCUAUGGACACCAUGGAGCAUUUGGAGCAAGUGAAUCUAAUGGACUUGUUAAGGUUUCUGCUGAUUUUCUCCGGUUAAACGGAAGUCGACAACAAUUCAAAAAUCUUCUUUCUGCUCGGAAAAAGCUGGGUUCCCUUCCGCCUGCGUACACUAGGAUCGACUAUAGUCGGGAGUCAUUGGAUUCACACUCCGCUCGAGUACUCCCACAACAUCAUGGUCCUGUGAUAACGGUGGAAGACACGGGUUCCCAAUUGCGGAUCAAUAACAUUAAACCGAGUGUGAAUCAGAAUCUGCUGGAGACAUCAUGUUCUUUUGAGAAAACUAUGGUAACACAAUGUGAGAGCAAUGGAUCGGUGACGUCACACAAUACAACUUCCGCUUUUCAACGAAAUAACAGCAGAUAUGGAGUCCCUAUUGAUAGUAUUGCUGUCAAACAGGUUUAUCGGGUUCGAUCGGAACGUCUGACCAAUCGAGUUCGAAUCACGGAUAGGUCACUUUACUUGGCUCUUUUUGGUGUCAUACUAAUGCUGGUUGAAUCAGAAAUUACUGCUGAAAGGAUUUAUGGUGUUUCGAAAGCACAUUGGAUCUCUCAAUCCCUUCGAGUCGGUGUCACUUGUUCUACAAUUGUUCUUCUAUAUCACAUCAUCCUAUAUCAUUUAAAUGAUAUUGUGCUCGAACUGGUAGAUUGUGGAGCUGAUGAUUGGAGAGUAGUGGUGACAACAGAACGUAUCAUUCAAUUUUGCAUUGAGUUCAUUUGUUGUGCUAUCUGUCCGUUACCUGGGAGUGGUGAUAUGAAAUGGACAUUUAUCGAACCAUCGUUACACAAAGAUGGUACAACUGAAGGGCGAACAGUGUCAACUCGGAGUGUAGAACUUCCAGUGGAUGUUAUUCUGUCCUGUUUCAUGCUUUGUCGAUCUUAUUUGUUUGCAAGAUUCAUGGUUCUGCAUAGCAAACAAUUCCAGGAUGCAUCAACGAGAACUCUUGCAGCAUUGAACAGAAUUCAAGUCAACUUUUCGUUUGUAAUCAAAACUUCUCUCGACCAACAACCAGUUUUGUUUCUGACCUCGUUUACUUUUAUCUUCUGGAUCAUCAUGUCCUGGAUGUUUGUACAAUGUGAGAGAUAUGGAUUUUCCGGGAAGAACCCUCAAUCAAUAUUGUACUCGAACUCUCUUUGGUUCAUUGCAAUCACAUUUAUGCUGAAUGGGUAUGGUGACAUUGUGCCACAAACUAAUGCUGGAAGGUUUAUUGCGAUUUUUGUUGGAGUUGUGGGAGCUGUGAUUUCCUCGAUUCUUAUUGCGGUCAUUUCUCGGAAUAUCCUGCUUUCUCAAGGCCAACGUAAUGUGAACAACUUCAUGUACGACAGCAAAUUAGCGAGGGAGCACAAGGAAGCUGCCGCACGGGUUCUACAACACACAUGGCACAUUCACAAAUGUCUUCAAGGAGGGGAAGGCGGUAAUCGACGACUUCGAACCUAUCAGAGAAAGUUUUUGAAAGCAAUUCACAAGUUCCGAGCUGUUAAAAGUGAAAUGCGAGAAUUUUCCGAGAACAACAGUCAGAACAACCCUCAAAUGACUCGUCUUGUUACUGAUAUGCACACUUCUAUGCAGAGAUUACUGAAUGUUCAAGAGGAAAUGAGAAUGCAAAUUGAGGUUUUACAACAGAGUGUCCGUAAUCAUUAUCAUCAUUCUUCUCCAAAUGUUCCUCAACUCCAAGGUCUUACCUCCUCUCCGGUACCAUCUGAGCGCCACGACAGUCGCUCGUAA